CUGCUCGCUUGACUGCUGGUCCAUUUGAAGCUGGCGGCAGCAGACAGACCACGGAGCGGGGCCAUAUGGAGCCGUGCAGCGGGAAGAAAGGAGCUCUCUGUCGGCCAGUCCGGAGGAGUUGGUGAAGACGGCGAGUGAUAGCGUUUGAACAGAGUUAACACCUGGGUCGUGCACAGCGUGGAGACUAUUCACCCCAAAUGAGCAGGAUGUUAUGUGUUCUCCAACUAUGAACAAGCUGCAACAGGAUCCGAGGAAAACAGUCCUCUGACUGGGUGUGCCAGGAGUAGCAGCUCUGGACUGACCGCUGCCAUGACGACGCAAAAGGCCCAAGGUGUUGCUCCAGCUUCCCCUCCCGUCCCGCGGAGGUCUCGCUUCACCCUACGUGGCCGGAAAAAGAAAGACGGGGUAAUCCAAGGCAAGCUUCGCAUGCGCUCCAUCCCCGGAGCCUUCCUGCUGCUGGGGGUCCUGGUGGUGGUUGUUGGCACGGCUCUGGCCGUGGCGGGAUACUGGCCCUACCGGAUAUCCAGGUCCUCCAUCCUGGGAGCUGCAGAGGGGGAGAGUAUCUCCGAGUCGCAGACUUCUGGCUGGACUCUGGGAGCUAAGGGCCUCCUGUCCACAGCCAGCCUGGUGCACAGUGAGCGGAUGAAGCUGCUGGGACCAGUCAUCAUGGGGGUGGGGCUCUUCAUCCUCAUAUGUGCCAACACAGUCCUGUACGAGAACCGGGACAGAGAGACUCAGAUGCUGCUGGCUCAGAUGCGCAGUGUCCUCUGCUCUGUGUCGGCGGCUGUUCCCUCAGCCGACUUUAAAGAAAUAGCAGUAGCCAACUCCAUGGCCAGACACUACCAGUGGGUCAACAGUUUACCAGCUGCUCAUCUCAACAUCCUGUGUGUGCAGCAGCUGGCCAGCUCGGAGCCCCUGCUCCGUACCACACAGCCCAGAGAGCAGGAGGACAGGGUCUACCAGCAGGCUGUCCUCCAGACAGAAGCCCUCCACCACCAGGAGUCCGAUCCCCCACCUUCCCUCUACUCCUCCCACUCCAAUUCAUGUAACUCCAGUCAGACGGACUGUGACACACAGUGCGGUGCUGAGCACGGGGGUCAGCAGCCGGCCAACAGCUGCCUGCUGUCUGCCAGCUCCAUGUCCACCCUGGACCAGGGGGAUGUCCCAGCGGUGCAGCCGAGGCGCUGCCACAGUCUGAGCUACAGGACUAAGCCUUAUAUAGCUUGGACUGAUGGACUCCACACACGCAGAGAGGAAGGAAACAUAAAUCAGCCGGCAGUCACAGGGAGAGAUGCUGCUUCACAGGUUCAUGUCGACAUGCCUUGGCAGGCCGUGGAUGCUGCAGAGGAGCAAACGCGCCGGAGCUGGCCUCGGCUGGACCUGGGCAGCGGGAGACGAUACCUGAAACUAGAGAACAAAGAGGACUCAGUGGACAGACUGCUGGACCAGUUAGAGCAGCAGUGCUAUCAGUGGGAUAAGAGUUUUGGCUCUGGGCCUUUCCAGUGAUUGCUUGCUUUUCACUGUCCUGAGGGAUACAAGCACCAUGACAACCAAGGAUCGUAAUGAUAUUUUCCCCUGGAUUCUAAAACUGCACUGCAUUUGUGUUUUUCCUGCGCAGAGAGAAACCAUGCCCUGGAGCAUUUGGAGUACAGUAUUUCUCACAAAGAUCUUCCAAAACUCGUUCUCAAUCUUCAGUGGAAUAUUGAUACGCAGAUGGUCUUUGCUUGUCUUCCAAUUUAGUUUUUGGCAGAUGUUUUUAUAUAAAUGAAGAAAACAAUAUGCUAGACCCUACACUGUCACAGAUGAGCAAAGCAUUUUGACAGACUGAGUCUUUGAGUUUACUCCCACAGCUUGGGUUGGCAGCAAUGCGAGAAAUCAACUUGAAUCUCUAUGCCAAAAUAUCAUUGCCUGGUUCCAGGACACAGUGUGCACAGACUAGUCAAGGACUGAUAGAAGAGGGAUUGUUUUCACUGUGCAAUCAAUCCUGAGCCAAACUACCUGGACCACUGAGUCCAUAAAGUGCUGUCAGCUCUCCACUAAUGCAACUACUCUAUAACGUUGGGAUUUCUAUUCUCAGCUGAGGUCCCAUACACCAAAUGCAAUGCAUGGCACUGAUGUACAGUAUGUCACAUCUUAAUACUUAUGCAGAGUUAUGUCAUUGUGGUUUUAUGUGUAUAAUAAUGAUAGUUAAUUACUACUUGGGUCUUAUUUUGUUGGUUUGGCCACUGUUUCUGCACACAUCACUUAGACCGUCCAAUCGUGGUUUCUCAAGGGUCGCCGAUGGGUCAUCUGAUCUUCAGUCUGGCAGGCCUCAACACCAAAUCGGAAGUAACAUAUUAUGGAUAUAUGGAGCUUUGCUGUCCUGACUCCUGAUUGGCUGACGGGCUGACAUGCUUCUGUGUUGAUAGCAUCUUGCUUCGGUAGUUUGACUGUGGCUCAGUGGUAGAGCGGUUGCCUGCCAAUCGGAAAGUUGGUGGUUCGAUCCCUGGCCCUGCAGUCCCAUGUCGAAGUGUCCUUGGGCAAGACACUGAACCCCAAGUUGCCCCCGAUGCAUCGGAGUGUGAAUGUGUGUGAGUGUUUAUCUGAUGAGCAGGUGGCACCUUGUACGGCAGCCCGGCCACAGUGUAUGAAUGUGUGUGAAUGGUGAAUGUUUCCUGUAUGAUGUAAAAGCGCUUUGAGUAGUUGUUAAGACUAGAAAAGCGCUAUAUAAAUACAGCACAUUUACAUUUAUUUCUGUGAUUCUCUCUCACAUAUCCCAUUCACUCACAGCGAUCACUUUUUAGUGACUUUGUUGCCAAUUCCCCAGUUGUUCCCCAGCUCUGUUAGCUACUAUAGUUUAGCAGUCAGGCGUCUCUCUCUCACUCUCCGUCUCUCUGUUGAUCAGCGGGUUAAAUGUUUAGCUAUUCCUUUGCCUCCUAAUGUGAUAAUUGUUGUAAUAACUGUAGUUUAUGUGUUGGAGGCGAAGCUCUACUGACGACAUUACUACAAGCAUAGAAAUUCUGGGUAAUAAUGAUUGUUAUGUGUGUCCUAGCAACUGUGUUUGCACUUAGGGCCCUUGGUAACACAGGCACACACAGCUGUGUGUGAGCAGCCCAAGAAAACACUUUUUUUUUUUUUUUUUGGUGCACAACAACAUGGCCAAGGAACCUUCACACAUGUGUUGCACUUCUGUUUACAUGAUAUCAACCACAGUUGAGUUCAGUUUUUCUCUGUGUACAUCAUCAAACUUUAUCUUUAAGAGCCAAAACAAAAACCAAGGGAGGGAAUAUAACCUCAUCCGACUGCAAGUCAGGAAAUACAGACAUGAGAAUCUAAUGUAGAGCAGAGCCACAGCUAUGAGCUCACAGCUGAACACACAGGCUCCGAGUUACUGAUAGCAUGUAGUUCAUUCAUAGUUAUUCCACAAUAAUAAGGAAAUGUCCUGUACAUGUUGGAAACAUUGAGUGUAACCUACAGUUCAGAAGUGUUUCUAGAGGCUCUGAUGGCAGAUCUGAGAUAUCGCAUCACAGAGUCCCCAACACUUCCCCACUCUGUGUCUAGCUUGCAAAAUGUAUCUUCUUUUUCUUUUGAAGCUUACCCUGUGCUGACCUAUUCACAAUGGGUUUUUACAUGUUAAAUUGCAGUGGACGCUUCAUAUUAGCAUUACUUCAUUAAGUUUGGUGGGAAAACUUUAUCUUAAGUCCUUUUAUUUAGCAUAUAUAAGCAGUAUUUAAUGACUUAUGAAAUGGUUUAUUACUAUAAUGUAAAUCAGCAGCAUCAAGUGUUAUUGAUGUAGGAGAGGAAUAGUCAGCCAAACGCACUCCGCUUGAUUCGUCUCCUCUGUGGCGCUGGGAAUUAAAUCCCCCCCCCCCCCCCCCCCCCCCCCCAAGAUCGAUUUCAAACCGCAAGAAAAUCAAAAUUCCUCCAUGCGCUUUUCACCUCUGCAUUUAGUUUUAUUUGUUCUUUCUCCAGUUCUCUGUUGCGUGUCUUGAGAAAGGUCCCUGGGACCAAAACGUUGACAAAUAAAACCAAAUGCAGAGGUGAAAAGUGUGAGCAGGAAUUUAGAUUUUCUUGCUUUCUGAAGUGUUAUUAAUGUCUUCAACAACUCUUACUCCUGUCAGCAUCAAGAAGUGGAGGCUGCUGUACGAAGAGAUCUGAUUGACAAUAUAAUACAGCACAGUUGAAAAAAAAUAUAACACACAGCUGUGUGUACAACUACAUGAUAGCGUGUAAAACAAGUUAUAACAAGUUAUUUAGGCUUAUUAAUGCUACACAGGGGGACAUAAUGAUCCUGUCUGAAUUGCUUUAAGUGCUCACUGUGUUCCCAUACCUCAGCUAUUCACUUCAAUAUUACAAUGUUGUCAUUGAUCAAAAGCAGUAUGGCCAAAACUGUGAAAAUAAGACCCAAGUUGUAAAAAGAUUGAUCCUCAAUUAUUAAGGAGAUUGUCUUUGUUGUCCUUGUUCCGGUUGAUGCAGUAUUAGCUGUAAUGGAAGCAGAAUCCGAUGGAUUGUGCAGCUCCAGUUUGAUUGUGAGUUGACCAGUGUUACUGUAUACAGCUGGGUGUGUGUCCUAGAGGGACGAGAAUAUGAAUCACAGUCUCCUGGGGUCCCUGCUUCCUCGUCCUUCCCUCUCUCCUUUAACACGGCGUGCAGAUGUGCAGAGGCGACCCCUCCCUGCUCCCUCUGGUUCUCUCUGUGUCUGUGUUGCCUGUUCUGUAUGCCAUGUGUGACACUUUGUGUUCUAAAUGUAUAACAAGCAAUAUGAGCGAUGUACCAGAACAACCACUGGCUGUGUCUUGCCUUGUGUCCACCACAGAAAUUAAACUACAUUGCCAUGCCUGUGUUCCAUAGUAUAAGGCAAAGCAAAAACAGCUCCUGUUUGCUGUUGUCUCCUUUAUUCAGACUGUCAAGGUAACGGCACCGUGUUGUAUAUGUAUGCAGCAUAUAAUCAUCUCUCCAUGCCAGCGGCAGACAAUCCCAUUCCUCAUUCCAUCCAUAUUUCUCAGGCUGAAAACAUCCAGCUGGGAGCUGGACCAGUGAGGCCAAAGGUUCACUUUAUCACCCAAUGGAUGAAAAUAUGAGAAAUUGAAUUUCUUGCCUGUUCUACCCCACAGUACCAGCUCGAUAUUUAGAAGUGCUCCUGGGCGGGGGGUUUAGGAAUGGAGUGGAGUGGCAGAGGGAAUUCCCCAGCUGCAAUUAUCCUCAGCAGAGCCUCCUACACUCUAAACUUUCCCUUCUUAUUAGAUUUUAUGGUUCCUUCUGGGCAGUUAUGCAGUCCCUACUGAUCUGUGUUCAUCUAAUUGGGCAUUUACAAGAUGGCGUCUGGGUCUCUAACAGCUCAUAAAGCUAGGUAGCAGGGCCUCCUGCCUUCUGCUGCGAAAGAGUAGGAUGAUAGAAGAUGACAUGGCUGCAGGAGGAUCAGAUCAUCUUACAGCCGCUUAUUCAAGCUUCCCCACGCUGCCAACCAACACAACUCAAUUCCGAAAGAGGUUUCUGUAAUGAGUUCAAGAUUCUGCCAGCAUCAUUUGGACAGCACGUCAUUGUUUCUGUCCAUUAUAGCGCCUCAGCAGUACUGAGUACUGGCUCUUCUGAUUUUAUGUCCACAGGAGUACCCUUACUUGUGAUUGUUGAUAGAAGUAUUUACAUUAUUAUCAAUGGGCUGAUAUUUACACU